AUGGUUUACUACAUUCGGUACCUGAAAACCCCUCGGAUCCAGAAGCAGAACGGCUCCGUCUCCAUAUCCGCCCUCAUCUGUAUCACCACCGAUCUUGGGGACUCGUUUCUAGCUGAAGAUGUUGAUUUAAUGGUGACAGCCCGGGAGGAAACCUCUCGAAUUGUAUAUGAAAAGCCGACAAAAUGGAAUGCAUAUAAUCGCGAGCUGCCAAUUACUCUUGGCCCUCUCCCGGUCAAUCUGGCUCAGAAAACAUUGGUAUUGACAGUUCAAACACCACCGCCAAAACCAUUAAGAUCAACGGAACGACGACCCUUAAGAUCGACAGAGCGACGUCCUUUACCCCCAUUUGAACCUCUAGCUCAACCGUAUCAAUUGGUGAUGGGCGCAAUCAGCGCUCCAUUUAGUCUUCAAUCGACACACGCCGAGGCGCUUGUUAAGCGGCAUAUGAGUGGCUUAGUUUGCGGGCCACCGCUACAGAUCUGGGAAGAGACAGGAAACAGCAUCGCCCGGCAUAUCUGGGAUGCGGGUCUGGCAACUGUUGCAUACCUCUCCAGUACUCUUGAUGAACUGGACCACGCCCGUAAGGUUGAGAAGGGAGACGCUGAGCCCAAGAUAAUUGAACACACGAGAAAUGAACACAAGAUCGUUGGAUCUAAAAUUCCCGCCUUGAAAAAGAUUUUAUCAAUCACCCGCAACUCGCCUAUUCAGGUGGUCGAGCUCGGUGCAGGAUGUGGGAUAGUGGGCAUCGGCUUGGUGCAGAUGCUCGCUAACUGUUCGGUCUUACUCACGGACCUCCCCGAGGUCGAGGACAUAAUAACACGCAAUAUUAAUGCUUCUCACCCAGCCACCAUGUCCAGUGUUAAGUACCGAAACCUCGACUGGGGAAACCCCCCGGAUGACCUCUGCUCCUGCCCUAUCGAGUUAAUCCUUGUCUCUGAUUGUACCUACAAUGAAGACAGCUUGCCAGUGCUUGUUUCUGCUCUAGACCGAUUGGUUCGGACAUCCCCGGACGCAGUUAUCUUGGUGGCUCUGAAGAGACGACAUGAUAGCGAAACGAAAUUUUUCGAUUUGAUGGCGUCUGCUGGAUUUAUGUCGGAAAUGGAGAGUAUGGAGCUUCCAUCACAACAUGGGGAGGUGGAUAAGAUCGAGUUCCACUGCUACAGUCGUCAGCUGUAA